UAUUGUAGAGGUCACAUGAACAAGUAUGAUGACACUGUAAUAAGGCUCCUGGGGCAUGGGAGGUGUGCCCAUGCAGACACAAAUAAAUACGACGGCAUGGGUGAUAUUCCAGAGGGUUGGGAAAAGAGAACAAGCCGGUCCAGCGGUAGAGACUACUACUUGAACGUCUACACCAAGGAAAGUCAGUGGGACCCACCAUCAGAGCCUGCCAAGAAGAUGAGUGCCAAGACUGUACAAGCAUCACACCUGCUGGUGAAGCACCGUGACUCUCGCAGGCCCAUGAACUGGAAGAAGGAGGAGAUAACUCGCUCCAAGGAGGAGGCGAUGCAGUUACUGCUGGGUUAUCGUCAACAGAUAGCGUCUGGUCAGGCUGAGUUUGGUGACCUGGCUAGACAGCACAGUGACUGCAGCUCAGCAAACCGAGAUGGCGACCUAGGAUCCUUCGGGCCAGGACAGAUGCAGAAACCUUUCGAGGAUGCCACAUUUGCCCUGGACGUCGGUCAGCUCAGUGAACCCGUCGAUACAGACUCUGGUGUACAUAUUAUUCUCCGCACAGCAUAAAUCUUUCUCUCCAACACUCAUCAAAGAAGUCAUUGUUAUCGUUGCCCCUACAUUAUUCAUAUCAGUAACCAUAGCAAUGAAGCAGGUUGCUGAAGAGUAAUAUGAUAUGGUCAAUGAAAAUGAUUUAUGGACGGGAACAUAUAGAUUUUUGACUUUUCUAUUUUGACCAUGUCUACACAAAUUUUAAAAGGUUUCGAAUGUUUGUCUUUGUUAGAUCUUUCCUUGUGUUAUUGAUAGGGGAAACCUUAUGGUGAUGCUUAUUAUUAUGUAGCAUCUACGGCUCAUUGCACUUCUUGUUUUCCCAAGGUGAUGGAUGUACAUUUACAAAGCAUGUCUAUUUGACAACUUUUAUAGUCAAUUUUGUCAACUUUGUCCCAUGGGUUUAUUAUUUGAUAUUAAACAUGGUCAUUCUACGUC